GUGAUUGAAUCUGUGUCAGUAUGAAGUCAGAUCCCCCUCCCUUUCCCCCUGCACUACAGCAACCUUCAUAUCCAGUCCCUGUAAUGUGUGCGUGCCGUUCUCUCAACCAUUCCUCCCUGACAUUCCACAGCAGAUGUGGGAUUGACUGCUGGGACACAGAAACAAAGAAAGUCACAGGAAUAUUCUUCGUUUGCAGUUAAAACUACCCCGGACCAAAAAUACAGGGCUUUUCUUCUUUCGCGCUUUUGGCCGAAUCUUCCGUUAGGCAUCACUACACGGACCGCUACAGAAACAUCCGAUUUCUUUGGGGAUUCCGAAACUUUGGGGACUGAACAACCCCAGGCAGGGUACAACGGAACACUCUUAAACAAAUGGGCUGUAAAGGUCCUGUGAGCUCUACAAUGGCAGAUGUCCUUCAGCUUAAUACCAACAGUCUACAAGUGCCAGGUGAAGAUAGAUCAGCCUCUCCAUCUCCAUCUGGUUCUCCAUCUCCUUCCAGAAAUGAAUGCAGUAUCACACCUCUUACUCCAUCCCCCUCUCCACGGACAGAGGUUAGACCACGUGUGGCUCGUCCAUUUUCUGUGGUUGUUGCGAUAGAUUUUGGCACCACCUCCAGUGGCUAUGCAUUCAGUUUCACAGAAGAUCCUGAGACCAUUCACAUGAUGAGAAGGUGGGAGGGUGGCGACCCUGGUGUAGCCAAUCAGAAGAGUCCAACUUGUCUACUGCUGACCCCUGAUCUCCGGUUCCACAGUUUUGGCUUUGCAGCUCGAGACAGCUAUCAUGACCUUGACCCUGAGGAAGCCAGGCAUUGGCUCUACUUUGACAAAUUCAAAAUGAAAAUCCACAGCACCAGUGAUCUCACUAUGGAGACCGAGCUUGAGUCUGUUAGUGGAAGAAGAGUCCGGGCUAUUGAGGUGUUUGCUCAUGCCUUGAGGUUUUUCAGAGAACAUGCUUUAAAGGAGGUGAAAGACCAGUCUUCCUCUAUGCUGGAAGGUAAUGAAGUACGAUGGGUCAUCACUGUUCCUGCAGUGUGGCGGCAACCGGCAAAGCAGUUCAUGCGAGAAGCUGCAUAUUUGGCAGGUUUGGUGACUCCAGAUUCUCCUGAGCAGCUCCUCAUAGCUCUUGAACCUGAGGCGGCAUCCAUCUACUGCAGGAAGCUCCGUCUACACCAGGUCAUUGACCUCAGUCAACGACCAUUAACCAAUGGUUUAGAUGUGGAUGGGUCUCGCCCUUUUGAUUCCAGUUUUAGGCAGGCACGCGAGCAGCUCCGUAGAGCCAGGCACAGCCGAACUUUUCUGGUGGAGAGUGGUACUGGAGAAUUAUGGUCUGAGAUGCAGACAGGGGACCGGUACAUUGUGGCCGACUGCGGUGGUGGGACAGUGGAUCUGACAGUGCAUCAGAUUGAACAGCCACAGGGCACUCUGAAGGAGCUUUACAAAGCCUCAGGGGGUCCUUAUGGAGCAGUUGGUGUGGAUCUUGCCUUCGAGGCCAUGUUGUGCCGUUUUGGAGCCGAUUUCAUUGAGAGUUUUAAAGCUAAACGUCCAGCAGCUUGGGUGGACCUUACCAUUGCAUUUGAAGCCCGCAAGCGCACAGCGACUCCUGGACGGGCCAACUCUUUAAACAUCUUGCUGCCCUUUUCCUUCAUUGAUUUCUACAAGCAACACCGGGGGCAGAGUGUGGAGACUGCCCUACGAAAGAGCAAUAUGAAUUUUAUAAAGUGGUCAUCUCAAGGGAUGCUAAGGCUGUCUGCGGAAGCCAUGAACGAGCUUUUCCAGCCGACCAUCAACAACAUCAUAAAACAUAUUGAGAACCUGAUGCAGAAGGAGGAAGUAAAAGGUGUGCGUUUUCUCUUCUUGGUUGGAGGAUUUGCAGAGUCACCCAUGCUUCAACGCAGCACAAAAUGCACUAGGCGGAACUGCCGUAUUAUAAUUCCACAUGAUGUAGGACUAACCAUCCUCAAGGGUGCAGUCCUAUUUGGUCUAGACCCCACGGUUGUCCGAGUACGUCGCUGCCCAUUAACAUACGGUGUUGGGGUUUUGAACCGCUUUGUGGAAGGCCGACACCCCCGUGAUAAGCUUCUCAUCAAAGAUGGCCGAGAAUGGUGCACUGACAUCCUGGACCGCUUUGUAAGCGUUGAUCAAUCGGUGGCCUUGGGUGAGGUGGUGAGACGGAGUUACACUCCAGCAAGAAUGGGACAAAGGAAGAUCAUCAUCAACAUCUACUGCAGUGACACUGAUGACAUAACUUACAUUACCGACCAUGGGGUGAGGAAGUGUGGUGCCAUCACGCUAGAUCUGCUUGAGUCAGGGGCAGUUGCAGCUAGCACUUGUGAUAACGAAAAAGGAUCAGCAUUUGAACGCAGGGAGAUUCGCACGACAAUGCAGUUUGGAGACACUGAGAUCAAAGUCACAGCUGUUGAUGUGGCAACCGGCAGACUAGUGCGGGCAUCGAUUGACUUCCUAUCCAACUGAUCCUAUUGUGCUGUUUCUGGAGAGAACUGGAAUGUGAAGGACAUUUAACUACAGAUAAUCUCAUCAAUUAAUGGCUUAAAUAAUAGCUUUGAGGUUAAA